AUGGCUAUUUCGUUCAACUUUAUCUCGGCGAUUAUGUCUGACAACCCUCGUUUGCCUUAUCCGGCAUGGUAUCCAUUUGGUUGGAAGUCUAACACUUCGGCCUAUCCUUGGCUGUAUACAUAUCAAGUUGUCGGUGUGAUCAUUCAAGCAAACUUAAAUAUGAGCUUAGAUUUGUUGGCGGCCUAUUUCAUGUUUAUGGCUAGCAUUAAGCUGGAGAUUGUUGGAAAUCGUUUGCAGAAACUAGGCGAAAUGAAGCAGAGAGGUGAAAAGCGUGUGCAAAGUGACUCCAGAUACGUCCAGGGUCUUCAGAAAUGUUUCAGUUGUGGACUUAUAAUCCAAAUCACUUUCAGUGGUGCUGUUAUUUGUUCGACAGCGUACCAACUAACUACAAUAUCGCCUCAAGAAAAUUUAGGUUUCUACUCGAGUUUGAUAAUGUACCAGCUAUGCAUGGUCGGCCAGGUAUUCAUUCCCUGCCACUUCGGCAACGAGAUCAUACUCAAACACGAAAUCAUAUCCGGGAGUAUAUUCGAUAGUGAAUUGAACCGGGGACCUCUGGAUCGUGAGCCAACGAUCUUUCUAAUGUUGCAGUACAGUAGUGUUGGUUAA